CUUGGGAUCCCAGUCAGCCUCCUUCCGGAUCCCAGACCGGAAACCGAGCCGCCCCCUUCCGCCACCGGCCGGAAGUGUCCUGAGACUCGAGGCAAAAGGGCAUCCGGUGGCUCUGCUGGGUAACUCGUGCUCACCAUGGCAGUCUCCUUGGCCGGGAAGAAGAUCGUGUUUGUUACGGGGAACGCCAAGAAGCUGGAGGAGGUCAUUCAGAUUCUAGGAGAUAAGUUUCCAUGUACUUUGGUGGCACAGAAAAUUGACCUGCCUGAGUACCAGGGGGAGCCGGAUGAGAUUUCCAUACAGAAGUGUCGGGAGGCAGCUCGCCAGGUCCAGGGCCCUGUACUGGUUGAGGAUACCUGCCUGUGCUUCAACGCCCUCGGAGGGCUCCCUGGCCCCUACAUCAAGUGGUUUUUGGAGAAGUUAAAACCUGAAGGUCUCUACCAGCUCCUGGCCGGGUUCGAGGACAAGUCAGCCUACGCGCUCUGCACUUUCGCACUCUGCACCGGAGACCCGAGCGAGCCUGUACGCUUGUUCCGGGGCCGGACCUCGGGCCAGAUCGUGGUGCCCCGAGGCUGCCAGGACUUUGGCUGGGACCCCUGCUUUCAGCCCGAUGGAUACACACAGACGUACGCCGAGAUGCCCAAGGCUGAGAAGAAUGGCAUCUCCCAUCGCUUCCGGGCCCUGCGCCAGCUGCAAGAGUACUUUGGUAGCUUGACUCGUCCUGCAGCUGGAGGAGGCCACUUGAGCCAGGAAUCUGGGGAGGGCUAGCCCCAAAUCCCCCCAUCAAGUGGGUACCCUUUGCAGUACUUCCUUUAGGGCUUCCCUUCCCCAGAGUGUUGAGGCACUCACCAGCACUGUCUGAGGAGCAGCUGGCUCUGCUCAGAGAAACUCUGGGCAAGUUGACACCGUUCUCUUGCCCUCAAGGACUGUGAUCUCUCCUGCAGUCUCCUGGCUUCAGAUCCUGAGAGGACCUUGGGUUGAAACUGGUCUUGGCAUGAUUGAGGGUUUGAGAAAGAACCAUGCAAACAGCCUUAGAUGUUUUAAAAUGCAGCAAAUAAAAUUUCUGAAUGGGACUUGUUCCCACAAUAAA